AUGAAGAUUCUCAUCACGGGGGCCGGGGGCUUCGUCGGCCAGGCCCUCGCCGAGCAGCUCCUCAACGACGGGCAUCAAGUCCACUUGACGGACAUUGUCGAGCCGACAGUUCCACCAGCUGCGACAAACCGCCAAAACGCAACAUGCAGCAAGGCCGACCUCUAUGAGCAGCCCGGCGUCGUCCUCUCCAAGGACCUCGACGCCGUGUACGCUUUCCACGGCAUCAUGUCGGCGGGCAGCGAGGACAACUUUGACCUGGGCUACCGGGUCAACCUGCACAGCACGCUACGUCUCCUGGAGGAGAUCCGCAAGACCUGCCCGGGUGUGCGGUUCGUCUACGCCUCGUCCUGCGCCGCGUACGGACAGCCCCUUCCGUCGAUGCCUUCCGAGGCCACGGUGUGCACCCCCCAAAGCAGCUACGGCACACAGAAGAUCAUGAUCGAGGCUGCCGUAAACGACUACAACCGCCGCGGACACAUUGUCGGCUUCACGCUGCGGUUCCCCAGCAUCACCGUCCGCCCGGGCAAGCCCACGCAGGCUGCGAGCAGCUGGAUGAGCGGUAUCAUCCGAGAGCCGCUGCAGGGCCAGGAGAGCGUGCUGCCCUGCCCGGACGACUUCAAGUGCUGGCUGUGUUCGCCGAGGACGCUCGUUCGCAACCUCGUACUGUGCCUCACGCUGCCGCCGGAUUGUAUGUCGCCGCACGUGCGGCAGGUGCUUCUACCCGGCAUCACGGAGACGGUGGGCAGCAUGUUGCAGGCGUUGCGGGAUGUCGGCGGGGAGGAGGCCGUGCGGUUGGUUAGGAGGGAAGAUGCGACGCCUGAAAUCAAGGCGAUGCUCGAUAGCUGGCCGUAUGAGUUUGACAUCUCGAGGGCUCUGGCUAUUGGCUUUGUGCCGGACCAGGCUUUCCGCGAUACUGUGGAGGAUUUUGCGAGGAGCUUGAAACAAUAG